AUGUUUGAUGGUCUGUUAGGCCGCGGUUUUGCUCCCAAGGGAAAACCACUGAUAAAACUGACUAAGAAUCGGAUCGAUGUUCUUCGGAGGAAGAGGACUGCCACGAUCAAGUUCCUGAGAAAAGAUUUGGCUGAUCUCGUCUCUAAUGGCCUUGACGUCAAUGCUUAUAGCAGGGCUGGUGGGCUUCUUGAUGAAUUAAGGCUUCUCUGGAAUCUUGACUUUGUUGAGAAUACAUGUGAUUUUGUGUAUAAGCAGCUCUCGACGAUGCAAAAGAUGGAGGAAUGUCCGGAAGAUUGUCGUGAAGCUGUGUCGUCGUUAAUGUUUGCAGCCUCUGGAUUUUCUGAGCUGCCUGAGCUGCGUGAACUGAGGCAAAUGUUUCACGAAAAGUACGCAGAUUCACUUGGAUUGUUUGUCAACCAAGAGCUUGUUGAGAGUAUGUCAUCAAAGCCAUUUUCAUUGGAGAAGAAAGUGAAGUUGAUGGAAGACGUUGCAUUGGAGUUCUCUAUCCGUUGGGACUCUAAAGCUUUUGAGAAGAGAAUUAUUAGACAAAAUUCAGUAAAGGAGACCCCAAAAAGCACCUACGACAAGCCUGUACACGGAAACAUGGCCUUGCCAUCAGAAAGAAAAAAAGCGGAUGCAUCGGAGAGAAGAGAUCCUUUGCAUCAACCUGAUAAACAGAGUUAUCAGAAUGGUCUCAGAGGAAAUCAGCAUGGGCUAGCAUCUAAAGAAAGGUCAGAUAAUGUUGGUCACGCCUCUAGAUUGGAGAGACACGAACCUAUAUUUAACGAAGGUGACACCAUAGUAAUGAAGAUCAAGCGUGAGAAUCAGCAAGGGGUAAUAUCUAGAGAGAAGUCAGAUAAUGUCCGUCACGUCUCCAGAUCGGAUAGCAAGGACAAUAAGGCAGAAAGGAAAGAGUUUUAUUUGCAGCAUAAACGAGAAUCUUCUAGAGAAAGACAUGAGCCUAUUUUCAACGAAGGUGACACUAUAGUAAUGAAGAUCAAGCGUGAGAAUCUCGUUCAUGGGAAUGGAGACGAAGCUGAUGCGCCUAAGAAAACAGAGGUGACAGAGAAACCCAAGCCUAGCAGCACCAAGAGAGCUGACAAGUUAGUUCUCGGCUUUAAACAAGAGAGUUUCUUUCAAGGCUACAAACAUGAGAAUCAUGAAGAUCAUGCACCUCAGAAAGUGGAAGAUAACAUCGCAAGACCUCCAAAGCCAAGUAGCAAGUCGAAAAGAACAGAUUCUAUUGAUUCAGGUCGUAGGCAUCGCCGUGAUCAGGAGAGCAGAGAAAAUGCAGUACUUGUGGGAGAGCGCACAGAAAACGAUCCAAGUGGUGGUAACGUCAAGGGUGGUGAUCCUACAAAUCCAGCAAGGAAAGUUGAGGAGCGAGAAACAGAGAGAAUGAAAUCACCCUUCUACAAAUCUCUUCCACCUCCUCCAUACGUUAAACCUAGCGGCAAAGCAAAGAAUGAAAACGCUGAAGCUUCAGUUCAUGGUGUAGAGAGAGGAAAUGAACCAAGUCAUCAUCAAGUGAAUGACAUAGAUGAUCAAUCUCUGAAACGAAGAUCUAGCAGAACAAAACACAUUUUACAAUCCAGUGGUGAUGAUGAUACAAGGAGCCGAAGAAGGGAAAACUCAAGGAAAGGGCUUCAAGUGUUAAUUGAUGAGGAUGAGAAGGACAGUGAGGAAAAGAUGAUGGAUCAACUUCUCCUGCACUACAGUAAAAAGCCUUCAAGUUAUGAUAAUGUGCAUCAAGAAGCCAAGAGCAGACGUUCGCAUCUUAAAAAUGCAGAAGGUGAAGACAUGUUGAUUCAUAAGACCGCUCGGUCACGUUCUCUCCCCAGUGAUCAAUUUGCCGGGCCAUCCGUACCUGCGAUAACGAUUGCCCGAGCUUCCUCGUUUCAGCCGGAACGUUCCAGCGAUGCUAAUAAGCACGUUCACCCAAAGUUACCAAACUAUGACGAUCUGGCUGCCAGAUUUGCAGAGCUUAAAGGAAGAUACUUGUCUUCCUCUUCUUCUUCCCGUUCUCUUCACGUUUGCGUCGUCGGGAGUGGACCUGCUGGUUUCUACACUGCCGAAAAGUUGUUGAAGGCGCAUGAAGGAGCACGUGUUGAUAUAAUCGAUCGAUUGCCCACACCUUUUGGACUUGUGCGGUCCGGUGUUGCUCCUGAUCAUCCUGAAACUAAGAUUGUCAUGAAUCAGUUCUCACGUGUGGCGCAACACGAGCGGUGCUCUUUUCAUGGGAAUGUAAAGCUUGGUUCGGAUUUAUCACUUUCUGAGCUGCGCGAUUUGUAUCACGUUGUUGUGCUUGCAUAUGGUGCUGAAAGUGACAGAGCUCUUGGCAUUCCAGGUGAGAGUUUGAGUGGUAUACACUCGGCAAGAGAAUUCGUGUGGUGGUAUAAUGGGCAUCCAGACUACAGCAGUUUCAAACCUGACUUGAAAAGUUCCGAUAAAGCUGUUAUUCUUGGCCAGGGUAAUGUAGCUCUGGAUGUUGCUCGGAUUCUGUUGAGACCGACAACAGAGUUGGCGUCAACUGAUAUUGCUAGACAUGCUUUAUCUGCGCUGGAAGAAAGUUCUAUAAGGAAGGUGUAUCUAGUCGGGAGAAGGGGUCCAGUUCAAGCCGCAUUGACUGCUAAAGAGCUUCGAGAAAUCCUCGGGAUUAAGAACUUGCACAUUCGAAUAAAGGAGACUGACUUGAGUGUAACACCUGCUGAUGAGGAAGAAAUGAAAACCAGUAGAGCCAGAAAGAGGAUCUAUGAAUUAUUGUCCAAGGCUGCAGGAGCAGCAGGAACAUCCAAAGCAGUCGAUCCUGAUCAACGAGAGCUGCACUUUGUUUUCUUCCGCCAACCUAACCGGUUCUUAGAAUCAGAUGAAAGAGGAGGCCAUGUUUCAGGUGUCAACUUGGAGAAAACCAUUCUUGAAAGUGUUGGAAGCGGAAAGCAAAUUGCAGUAGGUACAGGAGAGUUUGAGGAUCUUAACUGCAGUUUGGUGUUGAAGGCCAUUGGUUACAAGUCGGUUCCAAUCAACGGCUUACCUUUUGAUCACAAGAAAGGUAUUGUCCCGAAUGUAAGAGGUCGAGUGGUUAGUGACACUUCAGGAGGCAUAUCACAGACUGAACCUGGCUUAUACGUAUGUGGAUGGCUCAAAAGAGGACCAGUGGGGAUAAUUGCCACAAACCUUUACUGCGCUGAAGAAACAGUUGGUAGCAUAAGCGAAGACAUUGAAGAAGGUGUUUGUAAGAGCGCAAAAGCAGGAAGCAAAGGACUGUUGGAGUUGUUGGAGAAGAGAAAUGUGAACAAGGUAGAUUUUAGUGGGUGGGAGAAGAUUGAUGCCAAAGAAACACAAAUGGGGAGUGAGAGAAACAAACCCAGAGAAAAAUUAGUCUCAUGGGAGGAUCUUUUAGCUGCAGCAGCAGCCUACUAG